AUCCAGCUUAGCAACAAUCUUGUCCAUUGCCAUCUCAUCGGCGAUUAAAAUCAGUGCCAUUUAUUUCUUCCUGACUGCUAUCAUUCUCUUGCUGGUUGUGUUCGACACGUUCUUCGCUCUUCCAUAUUUGAAAUUUUAUCGUCAUUAUAGGGCAAUAGUUGCUAUGAAACUUUCAGCUAAUGCCGGAGCCGUCAUUAAAGAGAAGCGAAAACGUCCGCUUCUGCAUACUUUUAAACAGGUUUGGAUGGUAGCCCUCUCCGUUUGGCUUGUUUACUUCUCUUCGGCAGUCAUCUAUCCCAGCAUGAUGGCAAACACCUCCAAAAUUGACCCACAGUUUCCUCUCCCAGAUGUCUACUGGAAACCAGUGUUUGGUUUACUCGUCUUUCCAGCAUUUGCUCUGUUGGGAAAUUUGUUAACAUUCUUCGUUAACAAGCCCGGCCCCCAGUUCCUGUGGAUCGCUUGUCUCCUCAGGGCGGUCUUGUCCAUCCCAUUCUUCCUUUUGUGUAACUUCCGAGCGGACACCAGAUCUCUUUCUGUCCUUAUAACUAACGAUUAUGCUUUUCUGGCCGGCGGGGCGCUGUUUGGGAUGACCCACGGGUACAUGGGUGCGCUGGGAAUGAUGUAUGGGCCAGAACGAGUGGAGAUAGAGAACGCCAGUUCAGCGGGAAUGUUCAUGUCUGUGGCUUUGAGCUUAGGAAUUCUUUGUGGGACUAACUUUUCUAUGGUGGUCAAAUUCUUUGUGGAGAAUGCGGGCGGAUAA